GAGCGGGGCUGCCGGGAGUUGUAGUCCCGUCCCGUGAGCUGCGCGCGGCCUUAUAUGGUGUUUGGUGGCCGCGGCGCUGAGUGCGCAGUGGCUGCCGGGAGUUGUAGUCCUGCCCUUCCGGGGCUGCGCGCAGCCUUACGUGGCGUUCGGCGGGCAAGAUGGCGGCUCGCGGCGGACUCCUGGGCUUGGUCCUGCUGCUGCUCGUUGGCGCCGUGUCCCGCAGCUUCGGCCUCUACUUCCACCUGGGCGAGACCGAGCGCCGCUGCUUCAUUGAGGAGAUCCCGGACGAGACCAUGGUGAUAGGGAAUUACCGUACCCAGCUAUACGAUAAGCAGCGGGAGGAUUACAUGCCUGCCACACCUGGGCUUGGCAUGUUUGUGGAGGUGAAGGACCCUGAUGAUAAGGUCAUCUUGUCAAGGCAGUAUGGCUCUGAGGGCAGAUUCACCUUCACCUCGCACACUCCUGGAGAGCAUCAGAUCUGCCUGCAUUCUAACUCCACCAAAUUCUCCCUCUUUGCAGGGGGUAUGCUGAGGGUACAUCUGGAUAUCCAGGUGGGGGAACAUGCCAAUGACUAUGCUGAGAUUGCUGCCAAGGACAAGCUGAGUGAGCUGCAGCUCCGGGUGCGGCAGCUCAUUGAGCAGGUGGAGCAAAUCCAGAAGGAGCAGAACUACCAGCGGUGGCGAGAGGAGCGGUUCCGCCAGACCAGUGAGAGCACCAACCAGCGGGUUCUCUGGUGGUCCAUUGUCCAGACCCUCAUUCUUGUUGCCAUUGGCAUAUGGCAGAUGAGGCACCUCAAGAGUUUCUUUGAAGCCAAGAAACUGGUAUAAAGAAGGCACAUAGCAUGAGCAAACAGCCCUCUCUUAACAGAAGCAACUCCAUGAGUUUCAGCAGCCUGGCCUGGUCAUGCCUACCUUCUCCCAACCCUCCAGCUGCCUGAGCUAAGUGUCACCUGCCUCCACCACUUCCCUUCCUCCCUCCCAGUCUGGGUGGGAUUUCCUUGUAUUGGUUUGUUAGUGUUUCAGUCACUCACAUUCAGUCUGUGGUGCUUCCAUGGCCCCAUCAGUGUACUAUCUGAGUGCCUCACAGUCUUUGAUACAUUUAUCCUUGGCACCCCUGGAAGGCAGGCAGGGCUAUUCUUGUCAUGUUACAGAUGGGAACUGAGCCCCAGAGACUAAGUGACUUGGCUUAGGUUCUGCACAAAGUCUGUGGCAGAGCAGGAACUUGAAUCCAAGUCUCAGACUACCACCCUAACCACUAGACCAUCUUCCCUGGGAAUAAGGGGUAGAGUGUUAUCCUGCAUGGAUUCCUCUGAGGUACACUGACCUUCCCCAGGAACUCUCGGCCUUUCUUCCUCUGAGUUGUGUUUGAACUCUCUGGCAGUGUGGGUGGAGUCUGUCUGUGCCUGUGGAUUUCCUCCUCUUCUAAGGCUCACCCCCUACAAUGAGCUGUGCUCCCCUUUCCAAGAAGGCUGGAAUCCUCAUCCCUUCAACUAGAACCACAAGUAUUUUCUUCAUGCCAAGAAGCUGGUAUAAAGGGAGAAGGAAGCUUGAGCAAACAGCUCCCUUGUACACAGAACCUUCAGCCAGGUGCUGAAAUCUGCAUGACUAUGUCCUGAACUGGCUGCUCUAUGCUGCCGUUGGAUCACCUCAGAGAGGACAGAACUGAUUGUGAUGGUGCAGGGGCCUCUGCACUACCACACCACCCUGAGGCUCCUGGUCUGUCCCAGCAUUGAGUGUGUAUUAAUCUUUGUAAAAUGCAUAAUGUGAAGGGACUGCACAGGGGUUGGAACUAGCUGCCUUGGGGCUGAGGCAACAGCGUUGUGGAUCUGCCAUGGGUAUUUCCAAGGUGCUGAUCACUGUGGAAUAGGAGUACUGGGGCAUUAAAACCCCACAAGUUUCUAUGCAGGGAUGGCUGCAUAUUUUAGUGUAGUAUUUGUUUUCCUAGUAUGUUAACAGGGAUCUGAGCACAAGGCAAAGCUGACCCAUCUUCCCACUUCAGCAGUCAUUCCUUUUCUAGAUGGUAUAAUAGUGUGCCUCUCUGCUGCUCAGAGGGGCACGGAGAAGGGUCACACUCUGCUUCCUGUUCCACAGUGCUGCAGCCACCUUUCCCCUUCCACUGGGCUGCAGGGCAUCCUUGGCCCCAGCGUGGUGCAGGUGCAGCAGUGAAGUAGAUUGGUUGAUGCAUCCUUUCCCUGUACCGCAGGGAGGCAAAGCGGGUGUUGGGUCGCUUGGUUACUAACGUUCGGCUACUUUGUCCUGUAUCGUGGAUUCCUAAUAAAGAGUGCUCUGAGGGCAGGCUUGUGUGUGUCCCCAGAU